GGCCGAGGGGCCACGCGGGCGCGCAGAGGCGGGGGGCACGCGGGGGCAAGCGGAACCGUGGUGAAGCAGUGUGGACACCUACGCUAUAGCCUUCUAGAGCAGUAGAGAUUGACACCACGGGCACGCACGUCAGCGCCUCCACCUUCCUCCCCAGCCGCAAGCAGAGCAAGAACCGGAGCUGGGGAUCGAUUCCGCGCCGCCUGAUCUGCGAUCGGGACUCGAUCGUGCAUAAUCCGAGGUUCUUCCUCUCUGUCGUCUCCGAUCCAGACGGGUGUGCCUGGUCUGCAUCUUCAUCCUCUGCAAGAAAUCACACAUCUCGUGGCGCACCUUGCAUCAGCCGCGGCCGGCACCUCUACUCUCGCCCGCCCCCUAUGUCGUAAGCGCGCAAUCAGAACUCCCGAUCACCCGCACGCUGGUGCGCCAGUGUCGUCUUCGCCACCAUGAACUCCAUCGAGCCCUUCAACAGGCUGGUGAAGCUGGCGGCCCGCGCCUUCUACGAUGACGUCUCAAUGAAGGGCGACAACCAGCCCAAGACCUCCCGCGGGGACAACCGCGGCAUGGCCGUCGUCGUCCUGGACGCGCUCACCAGACGACCGUGGGUCCGAGAGGAAGAUUUGGCUAAAGCAUUGAAGCUCCACUCGAAACAGCUGCGUCGCAUUCUCCGUUUCUUUGAAGAGGAGAAACUAGUCACAAGGGAUCAUCGGAAGGAGUCAGCAAAAAAUGCCAAAGCACAUAAUGCUGCAGCUGCUAAUGACGGUCAAACAGUUGCUAAGGAGGGAGAAGAGAAAGUAAAGAUGCACACACAUUCAUACUGUUGCUUGGAUUAUGCUCAGAUAUGUGAUGUUGUCAGGUAUCGGAUUCACCGCAUGAAAAAAAAAUUGAAGGAUGAAUUGGACAGCAGAAAUACAAUUCAACACUAUAUAUGUCCUAGCUGUAAUAAAAGAUACUCAGCCUUUGAUGCACUACAACUGGUAAGCUACACGGAUGAGUACUUCCAUUGUGAAACUUGCAAUGGUGAACUGGUUGCUGAGGAUGACAAGCUUGCUUCUGAGGAAAUGGGAGAUGGCGAUGACAAUGUUAGAAAGCGCAGGCGUGAGAAAUUAAAGGACAUGCAGCAAAGAAUUGAAGAGCAAUUGAAGCCAUUGGUUGCACAACUUGAUAGAGUGAAGAAUCUGCCUGCGCCUGAGUUUGGUAGUCUUCAAACAUGGGAAAGAGCACAUAUUGGUGCCUUUGCAAUUGGUGACCCUGCUGCAGCUGAUUCUUCUAGGAAUUCACAAGGGCAGUAUGGUACACCAAUGCCAUACCUUGGACAGACAAAGGUUGAAGUUGAUAUAUUGAGUGAUGGUGAAAAAGAAGGUGCUGAAUCAGGUAAAGAUGGUUCUGAACUCAAAGUCAUACCUCCAUGGAUGAUCAAAGAUGGCAUGAAUCUUACAAAGGAACAAAGAGGAGAGAAAAUUGAGUCACAAAAACUUGAAAAAUCUGAAGCCAAAGAUGAUAAGAAACAGGACUUGAAAGAUGAUCAAAGUGUACAGGAAGAAUACAUAAAGGCCUAUUAUGAGGCCUUGAGGAAAAAGCAGGAAGAGGAAGAAGCAAAAAACAGAAUGCAGCAGGAAGGCAAGAUUUCUGUCCCUGAUUCUCAAACUGAACGCCAAGUGGGCAAGAAAUACAAGCGGGACGACGAUGAUGAUGAAGACAUUGAAUGGGAAGAGCAUCAACCUACAGCUGCAGGGAAUGCAACCGAAACAUACAAAUUGGCAGAUUUGAAUGCGGAGGCCCAAGAAUCUGGCGAUGAUGAAGAUGAUAAUGUGUGGGAAGAGGGCUAAUGCUAAAAAGAUAACAGACUAUUCCUGUGCGGCUGCGCCCUUAGGAUUUUGGUAUCCCACCAGAGGUCGAGAGUAUUUCACUAAUGAGCUUAGUUAUGUUGAACGCAUGAUCCCGAGAAACUUGUCAAGUGAAAAGCCAGCCCCUAUGCAUUUUUAGUUGAAGAUGUACAAAUUAUACUUAAAUACUUUAUGAGCCGGUCAGCAGUUUCCCCUGUUACUUCGAAGAGCUGUUGUAGUCUUGUAGACUGUUAAUGUGUGGGCAACUUGCAUGCCUUUGUUUCGCUGAAAGGAAUUACACGUACAUGCACGUUUAUGUCCUGAAAGUGAAAAUGCAAUCGUUGUAGUUGCC